AUGAAGCGUCCUUUGCGAUUUAGCCUGGUAUACCUUUUGGUUUCCUUGUUGCCUUCCACCUUCUCCAAGGAUUGCUACUUCUGUGAAAUCACUUCCUCAACGAUGUGUCCUGGCCUCAGAAUGAACUGUGCCGAAGACGAAGACUGCUUUGUGGGUGAAGGGGUUGCCUUGGGUGUUUCAGAUAUCCAGAACAAGGGGUGUACCCGCUCCAUCAACUGUGGCAAAGAGCAGCCCAUCUCCUAUAUGGGGGUCACCUACAGCUUGGUCACCAACUGCUGUAAGGGGAACUUGUGCAACGCGACUCAGUCUCUGAGAGCCCCCUCCCUUUUCUUGCAGUUUGCCCUCAUCAGCCUCCUGCUGGGGUUCUUCUGA